AUAUCAAUAUUAACAUCCCUAGCAAGACAGCAAAAACAAAAAAAACCAAACAAAAGGCCAGGCCAGUGAUACUUUGAGUUUUUAAAGCAAGAAAUCCUCCUCAAGACCUGCCAAAGAAGUUCCCAGAGGAGAGUGUUUUCCACAGUCCCCAUUUAACUAUAGCAAUGGGUGAUAACAAAAUAUGCGAUAUCAGCAUCGAAGUGCUGGAGGAACUGAAAAAGUUUCGCUUCAGUAAAAGUAAAAACAAUGCGGCUUUGAUAUUGAAAGUCGAUAGAGAGAAGCAAUCUGUGGUGCUGGAUGAAUUUAUUGAUGAUAUAUCCGUGGAUGAGCUGCAGGACACACUUCCAGGCCAUCAGCCGCGCUAUAUUAUCUAUACAUACAAAAUGGUGCACGAUGAUCAGCGUAUAUCAUAUCCGAUGUGCUUCAUAUUCUAUACACCAAGGGACAGCCAGAUUGAACUGCAGAUGAUGUAUGCCUGCACAAAGAGCGCUCUGCAGCGCGAGGUGGAUCUCACACGCGUCUACGAAAUACGAGAACUGGACGAACUAACCGAAGAGUGGCUCAGGGAGAAGCUAAAGUAGAGGACCACAACAUAAACACGCCCAUACAGGCCGUUGUUCAAAGCAAUAUUUUAUGAUGACUCUUAUUUUGGAGGAGAUUCUUUUACUAUAGUAUACACUUUAUAAACUGGAGAUCAGAUCAGGAGCCAAUACCAACGAUGCAUACCAAUACCAAACAAACCAAUCAAUAUUGACAUAUAUGACAAUUUUUACGACACAAAUCAAUAUAUAAGUUUUAUAUAUACCUACAGUUAUGACAAUUUUAUGUACCACUAUACGUAUACGUAUAAGGAAGUUUUUAGUGUGUUUAGUUUUUUGCAUUUAAGUCGGUAUAACGAAAAGAAUACGAUCUUUCCAUUGACAUUAGCAAUCGUAAUGAUCUUAUAGAAGCUGUGCUUGCCAAAUUCUACAUGUAUUUAUU